AUGGACACAGUAAACGAUUACAAAAUAAAUCCAGGUUUCAAAAUAGGUAACUUUAAUCCAAAUAAAAAUACAAAUAAUGAUACAAAUACUCAUACAAAUACCAAUACCAAUACCAAUACCCAUACCACCCCUAGAACUAUGGAAAAGAAUUUACAAAAACUAUUAGACCCUAACAGAGAAACGCCUGAGCCUAUUAAAACAAAUAAUAACAAUAAUGAUACAAACAGAUUCGAUAACAACAACAAUAACAACAAAGUAAAACAAUUCCAUAGAACUUCCCUUGGUGAAUGGGAUUUCAUAGAAACAGUUGGAGCUGGCUCCAUGGGUAAAGUGAAAUUAGCAAGAAAUCGUCAAACAAGAGAAGUAUGUGCAAUCAAAAUAGUAAAUAGAGCGACUAAAAUAUUCCUAACAAAGGAAUCAAAAUUAAUGAGUCAUCCAACAAAUCAUAUAAUAAUGAAUGAAAAGGAUAUUUUAGAUAGACAAAAACGUCUUGAAAAGGAAAUUUCAAGGGAUAGAAGAACAAUAAGAGAGGCCUCAUUGGGUCAAAUCCUAUAUCAUCCUCAUAUUUGUAGAUUGUUUGAAAUGUACACUCUAUCAAACCAUUUCUAUAUGUUGUUUGAAUAUGUCUCAGGUGGGCAAUUGUUAGAUUAUAUUAUUCAACAUGGUUCAUUAAAGGAAUCUCAUGCAAGAAAUUUCGCAAGACAAAUUCUAAGUGCUUUAAAAUAUUUACAUGCAAAUAAUAUAGUUCAUAGAGAUUUGAAAAUUGAAAAUAUUAUGAUCUCUUCAAAUGGUAAUAUCAAAAUAAUAGAUUUCGGAUUAUCAAAUUUAUACGAUAAGAGUAAAAAAUUGAAAACUUAUUGUGGUUCAUUAUAUUUCGCUGCUCCAGAAUUAUUAAGAGCAAAUCCAUAUAUUGGCCCUGAAAUUGACGUAUGGUCAUUCGGUGUAGUACUUUAUGUCCUUGUGUGUGGGAAAGUUCCAUUCGAUGAUGAAAAUUCAAACGUUUUACAUGAAAAGAUUAAACAAGGAAGAGUUUUUUAUCCUCAAUUCUUAUCCAUUGAAGUCAUUUCAUUAUUAUCAACAAUGCUAGUGGUUGAUCCAUUCAAAAGAGCAACGUUGGAUCAAGUUAUGAAACAUCAUUGGAUGGUUAAAGAUUAUGAUUCCAUUCCAGAUGCACAUUUGCCUAAAAGGGUCCCAUUGACAAGUGAAUCUAUAGAUAUGAAAGUUAUAAAAGAAAUGAAACAUUUAGAAUUCAUUGAAGAUAUUGAACAAACUGAAAAAAAAUUAUUGAAAUUGAUUUCUCAAGAAAGAUAUCAACGAUUAAGAAAUGAAUAUUGGCAUUUGAAAAAACUACCUUGUUAUAAUGAAAAGGAAUUUAAAGAUCCGACAUUAGCUUAUCAUCCAUUGCUUUCAAUCUAUUAUUUAACUGAUGAAAUGUUGAAAAGGAAAAAUCCUAUUUCCCCACAAGAAACUAACGAAGAGAAGAGUACCCACUCUAUUUCCAAAUCUACUGAGGAAGCAGUAGCGAAGGAAUCUAUUAAAGAACAAACAGAUAUCCCAGUUAUAUAUCCAUCUGAUUUAAUUCAAGAUCAAUUGCAAAAGACUCAUAUAGAAACAUCUAAGUCAAAUGAAGAUGAUCAAAUACCACCUCCUAUUCCUGCUUUAGCUGACACUACCCCUGUUCCUCCUACUCCUGUAUCGCAGCAAGAACCAUUAAAAAUUAAGAUACCAACAAUACUUCCAGUUCCAGAAAAGAUUCAUACAUCUCCAUUAAAAGAUCAAAAUCAAAAUCAAAAUCAAAAUCAAAAUCAAGACCAGAUAAGUUUUACAUUAUCUCCAAAAGCACAAAAAGUGGAAUCGUUAGAACCACGAACACCUACAGAUAAAAUCCAACACGUUCAAACAUCUCCUGUAAUUGAACCUGCUGAUAAAAGUACAUUCGGAACAUUAAUUAGAAGGUUAUCUCAAAGAAGAGCAAGUAAAACACAGGGACAACAAGGGCAACAGUCUCAGCAAUCGCAACCCCCACAGAAACAAACAACAAUUCAAGAUGUUCCAAUGAUGAAAAAGACUCAUAUGAGAGCAAUCUCAGAUUUUACACAACCAAUCUCAAAAGUUUUAACAAGUCCAUCAACUUCAUCUACAACUUCAUCAUCAAAUGAAAAAGAAAAAGAUACUCUAUUUAAGAAUAAUUUUUUAGCUAAUUUUGGUAUAACUAAAUCAAAAGACAACAAAUACGGAAAUAGUAAUAAAUUACCUUCAUUACCCCAAAAUGCAGCAGAUUUACUUACUUUGGAAAGUACUAAAAGCAAGAAUAAAAAAACUACACAAUCUAUGAAAACUGCACCAUCACCAAUAGCUAAUGAACAACAACCACAACAACAACAACAAGAAAAUAAUAAUCAUCAUCAUUAUCAAAUACAACAACUAUUUGCACCUGAAGAAACAUCCAAACAACAACAGCAGAGUCGAUUUGGUAGAACACACAGGACUAGAUCAGUAGGUCAUGCAAGAAGAGAAUCAUUGAAAUUUAAAAGACCAUCCGUAACAAGUUCAAACAACAAUAACGAUGAUACGGACGAAGAAAAUAAUAAUAAUAAUAAUACUGACAAAGGAAAUUCUAACAAAACUUUUCGCAGGAAUAGACAAAACGAAAAUGAUACUGGAUUUUUACAAAACAGUGAUGAUAAUGAUGAUGAUGAUGAUAACGAGUAUGGUUAUGAAAACGAUAAUAAUUCAAGAAGUACAAACGAAGCAAAAGAUAAGGAGGAAAAUGAAAUGAAACUGUUGACUGAUGCUGAAAUUUUACGAGAGGCAUCUAAAGCUCCAGCUGGUUCAAUGCUAUCGAUUGAUUAUCCAAGAUCAUUAUUUUUGAAAGGAUUCUUUUCUGUUCAAACAACAUCAUCAAAACCACUUCCAAUUGUACGUUAUAAAAUUAUUCAUGUUCUGAAAAAGUAUCAUAUUCAAUUUAAAGAAGUUAAGGGGGGAUUCAUUUGUAUAGCAAGAUCACAUCAUGCUAAUUUCGAUACAUUGAGUGAUAACGAUGGAGAUUCAACAAUGACAACAAACCAUCACUUGAGAACAUAUUUCCCUGGAGCUGACAGUUAUUCAUUAUCACAACGUAGAAGAAAUUCAAUAAAUAAAUCAUUAUCAAGUCGUACUACUACUGCUACUGCUACAAGUAAUGAUUCUAAGCUAUCACCGACUGCAGACAAUACGUAUAAUGAAAAUAAAAGUAUACACAAUAACAACGAUAAUGCCAACAUUACUAUCGCUCCUCCUCAUAAUGAUUCUGUUGUAAUCUCACCACUUGAACAAUCAUUGAAUGGUCCGGAAAAUAAAUCAUUAAGUUCAUUGACUCAUACUUUUGAAGAAAAUAAAUUUGAUCAAAAUAAUCCAAUAAUUAAAUUUGAAAUUCAUAUCGUUAAAGUUCGUAUCGUUGGUUUGGCAGGUGUUCAUUUUAAGAAAGUAUCUGGUAACACUUGGUGGUAUAAAGAAAUUGCCUCUAAAAUCUUAAAUGACUUGAAUUUAUAA